CUGACCACGGUGAGACCGGAUGCGGCUUCCUCUUCAGCAGAAUACCCUCCAUCCCAUCUUCACCAGCAGGCCGGGUCCUUCCCUGCCUUCUUCCAGCACUGCUCUCCUCCUGUGCCCUUACCCCGUUGACUUCGAAUCCCCUGCCGAGAUAAUGGCCGACAGCCGGUACCGCUUUCCGUCCAAGCCGUUGGCAAACCCCAAGGCCAUUGUCACCGGCGGCAAGGGAGACUCGCACUACCGCUUCACCAUCCUCACCGACCGGCUGGUCCGCUACGAAUGGUCACCGGAUGGCGGCUUUGAAGACCGUGUGUCCACCUUUGCAUUAUUCCGGUGGUUCGACGCCCCGCACUACCGCGUCGUGGAGUCCAAGGACAGCCUCGAGAUCAUUACGGAUGGCUUCCACCUCACCUACGACAAGAAGCGGUUCUCGUCGGCCGGGUUUUCGGUCAAGGUCGGCAAUGAUGUCUGGCGGUACGACGGCAAGAGCUACGGAGACCUUGGCGGCACUGCCAGGACUCUCGACGGCGCCUUCGGCCGCAUUGACCUAGAACCGGGCGUGCUCUCCCGCAAGGCCUAUGCCGUGCUCGACGACAGCAAAUCCAUGCUGUUUGAUAACGGCUGGAUCGCGACGCGCCGCCCGGGCCGCAUCGACGGCUACGUGUUUGCCUACAACGGUGACCACAAAGCCGCCAUCAGGGACUUCUACCGCAUCUCUGGGAACCAGCCGCUCCUGCCGCGCUGGGCGCUUGGGAAUUGGUGGUCUCGAUACCACGCAUAUACCGCCGCCGAAUAUCUUGAGCUCAUGGACCGCUUCCGACGCGAGUCGAUUCCGUUGAAUGUCGCCGUCAUCGAUAUGGAUUGGCACAAGGUUGACAUCCCUCGCAAAUACGGCAGCGGGUGGACUGGCUACAGCUGGAACCGCGACCUCUUUCCGGAUCCAGACGGAUUCAUGAAGGAGCUACGGAAGCGGGGCUUGAAAGUGACGCUCAACGACCAUCCAGCCGACGGCAUUCGGGCGUUUGAGGAUCAGUACGAGGCGGUAGCCAAAGCCCUGCAUCACGACACCUCGCGCGGAGAGCCGAUCCGGUUCGACUGCACGGAUCGAAAAUUCCUCGACGCCUAUUUUGACGUGCUCAAACUCAACCUGGAGAAGCAGGGCGUCGACUUCUGGUGGAUUGACUGGCAGCAGGGCACCCGAUCUAAGAUUCCCGGCGUGGACCCGCUGUGGGUGCUCAACCACUACCAUUAUCUCACUAGUCGGCGGAAUCUCAAGGUCCUGGAGAGACCAUUGACGUUCUCCCGGUACGCCGGUACCGGCUCGCACCGCUACCCGAUCGGCUUCUCGGGCGACACGCAGAUUACGUGGGAGGGCCUGGAAUUCCAACCCGAAUUCACGGCAACGGCAUCCAACAUCGGCUACGGCUGGUGGAGCCACGAUAUCGGGGGACACUGGGCCGGUGUCAGAUCCAACCAGUUGACGGUCCGCUGGGUUCAGCUCGGCUGCUUCUCGCCUAUCUUGCGGCUGCACUCUUCCAAGUGCCUCUGGAAUUCAAAGGAGCCUUGGAACUGGGAGGCGGAUGCUUUCAAGGUCAUCAAGGACUUCCUCAUCCUCCGGCACCGUCUGAUUCCCUUCCUCUACACCAUGAACAUCCGGGCGAGCUACGAGAGCGAGCCGCUCAUCCAGCCUAUGUACUGGAACCAUACGGAUGAGGAGGCCUACACGGUACCCCGGCAGUACUACUUCGGCCCAGACCUGAUCGUAGCCCCCAUCACCUCUCCGAACAGCACCGCCACCCUCAUGGGCGGCGUCCGUGCCUGGCUUCCACCGGGCCGCUUCGUCGACCUGUUCCACCCGCAUCUCGUUUACGACGGCAACAGGUACAUCCACCUGCACCGCGACCUGACCAAGAUCCCCGUGCUCGCCAAGGAAGGCACCAUCAUCCCGCUGGAUAGCACCGCCAAGCUUGCAAAUGGCUCUCCGCGCCCGACGGAGAUCACCAUUCUGCUCGUGGUCGGCAAAGACGGGCACUUCGAGCUAGUCGAGGAGCCCGAGAAGGGGGAUUGCGGCGCCGACGACGACGACUCCGCCGCGCGUCCGGCGCUGAGCUCCUUCGUCCGCACGCCCAUCACCUGGAACCAAAAGGAUGGCAUCCUGGUGAUCGGGCCGGAGUGGAACGGCACCGGCAGGUGGCGGCAGUGGAACGUCAAGCUGGUGGGGCACACCAGCACCGACGUGCAGGCGCAGGUGCCAGGGUUCAGGGUCACGAAGGAGGGCGGGUGCACGACGAUCGCGCUGGGGAAUGUGCACCGCUGGAACCCCGACGGGUUCGAGAUCUCGCUGGGGCGGGACCUGCAGCUCGACGUGGUCGACAUCAACGCGCGGGUGUUUGACAUGCUGCAUCGCUGCGAGAUGUGGUAUGACCGGAAGGACAUCGUGUGGGACAUCGUGACGAAAGCCGGGGAUGCCGUGGAGGCGAGGGUCGAGCGGCUGCAAAAGGCGCCAGUGGAUGCCGCGGUCAAGAACGCGGUGAUGGAGAUCUGGGCUGCUGAAGGGCGGGCGCCAGGGAGUGCGAGGGGCCACGAGGUCUGGGCGGAUGCGAAGGCCCCUGCCGCGGAGGAUCUUGAGGAGGUGCUGAAGGAAUAUGUCAUUGUAUAAGUGCGUGGUGUGUCGCAGUCGCCUGGAUACCUCGGGGUCGCCCUAUUUCGGCUCUCUCUUGGCUUUGUUGCAUGCUUUCGGUGUUCUCUGAUGCUCGCUGUUCUCACCAAUAAGCCCGCUUUCUUUUU